UUUGUGACUUGAAUGCGCCAGUACGCAUAAUUUUACACAGUAUUACACACUUAGGCGGCCUAAGUGGCUUGGCAAAAAUGGCUGACGACCUAGACGAUGCCCUAUUCAACCUAGCGGCUGGCCGCAAAACUGCACUGAAGAAACGUAGUCGCAAGGCAUCUGAGAGCGAUGAUGAGCCCAGCGCGGACAGCGCAGACUCGGAGGAGGAGGCACCGCGUCGCAAGAAAGCCGCGACCAGCAAGCGCGGAAAGAAGGUGCAGAGCGAGGAGGAUGAUGAGGACGAUGAUAGCGACUUCGAUGAUGAGGAGGGUCUCUAUGAGAACGAGGAGGAUCGACGCAAGCUCAUGGCAAUGACUGAGCUGGAGCGUGAGAUGAUUCUGGCAGACCGUGCUGAGCAGCGUGACAAGGAGAGACAGAGGCGGCAGCUGCUGCAACAGCGUGCAGUGACUGACAAGGUUGAGGCAAAGGGGCGGCGGAAGGGUGCAGACAAGGGCAAGGGCAAGGCAGAGGAGGCCAAGGCACCGCAGCGCGGUCGCGCCGCCCGCACCGCAGCCGCUGCACGCACGGCCCGCGACUGGAGCGAUGAGGAGUCGGAUGGGGGCGGCAAGUCCUCCGAGGAGGAAGAGGAGGAGUUCCAGCCUAGCGGCAGCUCGGGUGCGAGCUCGGACGAGGAGGAUGCGCAGGCGGGCAAGAAGGACGAGGAGGAGGAAGAGGAAGAGGCGGAGCGGGAGCAAGCACCGCCGCCACGGGGCCGGUCAGAGCGAGUUGCAGCGGUUGCAGCACCCCCUGUUGACGACGACGAGGCGAGGCGGCAUGCGGCCGCAAAGGCUAAGGAGGCAGAGCGGGAGCGCAUGCGGGAGCGAGAGCGGGAGCGCGUGCACUCGGAUGACGAGGCCGCUGAGGAGGCCAGCAUGGAGGAGCUGCUGGCAUGCCAGGUGACGCGCCAGCAGCUGGAGGAGUGGUACAUGCAGCCGUUUUUUGAGCGCGACGCAUUGAACGGCUGUGUGGUGCGCAUGGCGUACGGGCCGGGCGUGCGCGACCAUGCCGGCAACACGCACCCGGGGUACCUGGUCAUGGAGAUCAUGGACAUCAAGGAGUCGGGCCGCGCCUACAAGUUCGGGCCCAAGAGCGAGAUGACCAACAAGCACCUCGUGCUGCGCGACGGCAUGGGCAUCAACCGCACUAUGGCUAUGGCCAACGUGUCCAGCAAGCCGUUUGACGAGCAGGAGUACGAGCGCUACAAGCGCCACUGCAGCAAGACCAACCGGGCGCCCAUCACUCGGGAGGAGGCGGCGGAGGCGACCAAGCGGAAGCAGGCAGCCAUGAAUUACCGCUGGACGUCCGCGGACCUUAAGGUGGAGCUGGAGCGCAAGAGAGCGCAGCGCGCGGCCCCCGUCAACCCGGCCGCCGAGAAGGCCAUGCUCAAGCGCCGCCUGGAACUGGCGCAGGGGCAGGGCAACGCAGACGAGGUGGCAGCGCUCGAGGAGCAGCUGGCCUCGCUGGAGGCCCACCUCAUCAACCAGACCAACAACCAGCGCGCGUUUGGCAUGAUGGACAUCAACAAGCGCAACAAGCAGCACAACCUCGCCGUUGCGUACAAGACGACAGCGGCGGACGAACACGGUGGUGGCGCGGGCGAGGGCGGCACGGAUGUGUUCUCCCGACGUGAAACCAAGCUGAACAUCUACUGGAAGACCAACCGGGGCGGCGGCGCCGACGACAGCAACUCCGCAGGCGCAGCAGCGGCAGCACGCGCGCAGGCCGCGCUGCCGGACAAGCUGACGCGCGCGCAGCAGCGCAUGGACCCUGCGGACCUCAUCCGGCAGCUGGGGCUGGAUGUGGACGUCAGCCUGGUGCGAGCCGCCGGGCCUGCCGCCGGCAACCUGCAGCAGCGCAUUCUGCCGCACAAAUGGCGCGGCGCGGCGCUGGCGGCGCACGCGACGGAUCUGUCCGGGAAAAGCGUACUGACAAUUGCGGACUGGAAACGCCGCGCGGGAGACUAUUAGAGCUGCUCUCAGUGGUGUGCGCUGCGCGCUGAUUGGGGUUCGACCAGCUAUCUAGGCAGGCUGUGUGGGGUCGUGUGGGGUUGCAGCGAUGGCCACACGCUCAGAUCCGCAGUACGAAUGAGAGAGCGCUAGGUAUAGUGCGGUUUCAAGGGGUCCUAGGUGUUCAAUUUUGCAUUCCUUCAGGCUGUAGGGUUGGGAAGUGCUCAGGCAAAGUGAGCCGGUAGUGUCGCUGCUCAUGCUCACGCCUUUCUUUUUGCUUGUGCUAGCUCACUGGCCUCGGCUCUACAACGUCAUGUUCGCUUGUGCGUGUUGCGUUUUUUCAAGCAUUUUCAAUAAGUGUCUUGGUGUACGUGCAGCAUGCCACGCUGGGCAGGGGAACGGGUCAGGGGAGUUAGGGACUGUGAAAAUGCAACUGGCAAAUUCAACGCGGAAAGUGCCAUCAUACACGGCACAGGGAUCAGGUCCAGGUGUGGGUAGCAUCUGAACGGAGACACUGACACGGCAGACAUGCCGCUGCAAACUUCUGAUGGCAGCUGCAGCUGCACUCCUGGUGGGGUUCCACUUUUCAGACCGGGUUUGACGCGUUGUGAAUUUUGCCAUUGUAG